UUUUACAUGGGUAGGUAAAAAUUUACAGCUGGCCUGAAAUCGACGGACGCCGGACUGACAGCUGGCGGCUUCUUUGGCCGAGCGAUCCUCCCCAAUCGACGGCAGGCAUGUUUAAAGCGGUGGAGAGUUCUCGAGCAAUGCCCGUGCUCUCGAUCGACCGGAUUCUCUAGUAUGCAAGCGCUAGGUUUUCCUGGGCCUCUAGGCUCUUGAGAGGAAAUCCGGUGGCGGCAGUGGAAAUUUCCAGGGACAUGGUGCAUUCCUCGUCCUGGGGAGGGUUCACGAUGCGUGUUCUUCGUCUGGGCGCUCAAUCUCCCCGUGAAUGCCAGGCUCGAUAUUUCCGUCAGCUGCUCAAGCCGGUUACGUAAAUCGCUCGCACGGGGCGCAAGAAGAUUAAAUCAUCGUGUUCCCGGCACCUAGGGUUGGAUUGAGCGCGAGUAUGGAGAGUGUUGAGCUGGAUUUGUCACAGGCCGAGCUUGAGAACGUCUUACAUUUCUCUGGAGCGAUCGGCAAAGAGGAGGUGGAAUUCCAAAUUGCCGAUCGUGUGAAGAGGCCGCCGCGGGCGAAGUAUGUUCUCUUCGAUCAGUGUGGAAGCGAGAAAGUGGUGGUGGUGCAUUCGGAUGGAGUGUCUCCUCGCCCGUACGAAGUUCUCCCGGACCCCCUUGUUCACGAUCACAACACCACAGGAUCUCAGACUCUCCAGGCGCUGCUAAGUUCGGCUGGCCUGCAAGACCAAACGUGCGAUCUCCAAGUCUACAAGAACGCCAUGGCAGCAGCGCUGCUGGAGUUCGAGAGCUCUCACUCUGGGGAGGAGAGGCUUGAGCUCUUUGAUUCGAUGGAGCAGCCGCUUCAAGCAAACUCGGGCAGCUGGCAGGAGAACACGGACGAUCUCGACGCGCUCAUGGAGUCGGACGAGGAAGAAGUGUCCGAGCUCAACAGUGCGAGCGUUACCAGUGACUUGACACGAGAAGAUCACAGUGGUGGAGUGGAGCUCAGUGGCUACUUAUCCUCCGAGGGGGAGACCGACGGCAAAGGAAGAUCAUCCCGACGAUCCCGAGACUGCCGCUUGUCAGUGCGCUCCACCAGAAGCAGCAAAAAGUCGAGGAGGCAGACGAUCAAGUACAAGAUCCAGGUCUUGAGAAACAUCAUACCGGGGGGAGCGGGAAUGGAGGCGGCAAGCGUUUUGGAGGAAACCAUCCGCUAUAUCACAAGCUUGGAAUCUAUGGUCAGAUCAACCAGAUUUUUUGCAGUUCAAAGCCAUGAAAAGCGAACAGCCAAGGCCGUGCUGUAACUAGUGUUCUUUUGUUUCGGGAUAGGAAUAUUAAAUCGCUUGGCUUUCUUUCU